AUGACUCUCAAUCCUAACUAUGAAGCUAUCGGAAAGUCUUUUGUCCAGCAGUACUACGCAAUGCUGGACAACAAUGACACCCGCCUGCAGGUGGCCAACUUUUACUCGGAGACUCAGUCUUUGAUGACCUUUGAGGGCGUCCAGCUGCUCGGCCGUGCAAAGAUUCUGGAGAAGUUUCAAGGACUGACCUUUCAGAAGAUUCUGCACGUGAUCACCACAGUGGACGCUCAACCGACCUUUGACGGCGGCGUCAUCAUCUCGGUGCUCGGCCAGCUGAAGACAGACGAUGAUCCGCCGCACACCUUUAACCAGACAUUUGUUCUCAAAACUGCAGACGGCUCAUUCUUCCUUGAGCAUGACAUUUUCCGCUUGGCAUUACACUCAUAA